AUGGCGGAACAUGGUAGGAAAUUGGAUAGCAGUAUCGUGGAGAUCUUCGAGGCGAUCCGAUUGAUGAAAGAAACUGGUGCAUCUACGAGUAACACCGUAGCACCACCGGGACCGGUACAGACGCCGGAGCUCAAUCUCGGUAACAAUACUCUGGUACAUGGCGCGAGGUUACCGAAUCAAGGUUAUCAAGGAGUAACUCGCCUUAGCAAGUUAGAUUUUCCGAAGUUUGAUGGAUCGGGAAUUACGUAA